AUGGCGGCUAACAAGUUACCUGUUGAGCUCUGGCUCGUCGUUUUGUCUCUUGGAAAAUUUUCCUCCAACAAUCUUGCUGCACUCUGCCAAGUGUGCACCUACUUCCAUCAUGCAGUAAUUGACACCCUGUAUGAGUCCAUUACAGUGGACAACUCAGAUGUCUGCACCACACUUGCAGAGCAUCCCCACCUUGCACACAAAGUCAAAUCUUUCAUAUUUACAUAUCCAACAAUCAUGGACAAUAACGGUCCUGAGGUGCACCUGGAUAAUCUCACAUUGGCUCUCAACAAUAUGACACACCUCUCAACACUCAAGCUUAUCCAUUCCCAAAAGUGCUACUCAUCUGUCCUUCAGUACUGUGAUGCCAAGCUUCACAUCUUUCAUUGCACCUAUGCUGUCAACCUCCAAUUCCUGAACUUCUUGAACAGGCAGGAUAGCAUCUGUGAUCUUGUUAUUACUGGCCGACAUGCACACAGUGGCUCAUGGGAGCUCAAUAUGACCAUUCGCCCCUCGACUAGUAUCAGGAAUCUGGGACUCGACCUCAUGGUUUGGCACCCAGAACCUCGAUUCUCCUACCCAUCUAUUCCAAAACAUGUUGAGGAAAUCACCCUGACAGGUUUUGCUACUCAGCACCUUAGCGUGUAUGGUGGUUUUGGAAUCUGGAAAUGGGGACGUGAUUUACAUCUCAUGCUAGAAGGUGUAUUGAAUUUAAAAGGUUGA